GCUCUUCGCGGUCGCCGAAGGGAAGUUAGGGAAGUUGGGCAUCGUUCGCGCCUUCGCGAAUGCGAACGAAGUGAACGACAUGCCGGAGAUGUUUGGACUUUGGAACACGGUGCCUCCGUGUGAGUCCCCCGUGGGUGUCACCGUAGAUGUGAUAUUGGUCUACAGCCAAAGUUUCGAGGACAACCCUGCAGCGCAGCAGGCGGCGCAGAAUGUCAUCACCUCUUUCGAGUCGGGCACGGCCUGGUCUUCGUGCUUCGGCUCCGUGCGCGCCUUCGAUGCCAAGCUCACCGCGCAGGAGGACGUCUACGACGCACGAGGUUAUGCAGCACGCAACGACUGGGCGAACGGUCCAAACACGGUUUUUCUCUUCGUGAUGCGAUCCUUUCGCGCGACCCGGCAGACGGUCCCCGUGCGGGACAACUGGCUCCAUCAAUUCGUGGCGGAAGCCUAUGAUGCAACGGUGGCCAUCCGUGGCAGCCGCUACCGAGGCGACACCUGGGAUCCUUAUCUCAGCAGCCUGCCGGCGGACGUGUCCCUUUGA